AUGGGCCUGAGCUGGUCAUGCUGGCCUUGCCGCCCCAGCCAGGUUUCCCGGCGAUUCGCCAAGAAUGAUGUUCACCGUGAGCCAGUUUCGGUAAUGCAGGACGUGGAUCUCGGGGCUUUCGUGCUUCACAUCGAGACCUGGCCCAACUUCCGUGUGGGCAGCUCCGCCUGGCCCUCCGGGUUUCUCCUGGCGCAGGCGCUCGCGGAAGGCCUGGCGGGUCUGCCCAGCGUGGGUGGCCGCCGCGUGGCGGAGCUGGGCGCGGGCCCCGGUUUGCCGGGCCUCGCCGCCGCCAAGUUGGGUGCCACGCAGGUGCUGCUCACGGAUUACGACGAGCUGGUGCCGCUGCUGCAGCGCAACAUCCUCCACAAUGGCCUCAGCAACUGCCACGCCGAAGCCUUUGACUGGCAGCUGGCCGCUGGGUCUGACCUGGCAACGAGGGAUGGUGUGCCUUUGGAUAUCAUCCUGGCCGCAGAUGUGGUGUACUUUGAAGAGCAAGAUCCCCUGGUCGACGCGCUCAAGGAGCUGAUGGUGCCAGAGCAUACCGUCCUUGUGCUGGCAUACCGUGAGCGCACGCCAGCCGAUCGCCUUUAUGUCGAGGACCCGGCAGCAGCAGCAGCGGCGGUCAUGGCAGAUGCGGCUGCCAUGGCUGCCAUGCCUGGACAUCCGAUGCCUCACGGCCCGCCCAUGAUGCCGCCCAUGCACGGGCCUCCUGGUAUGAUACCGAUGAUGCCUGACAUGCCUCCACACCCCGCACCCGAUGCUGUGCCAGAGGCAAGGGCACCCAAGCGGCGGCGGCUGAAGGGCCUCGAUGCGAAUAGCUUGGAAAAGCUCCUGCGGGGGCUGUACCAAUGCCUUAGGCGUCUAGUGGACGUCCUGCCAGACGCAGCUGCCGGCCCCAACGGCAAGGAGGCGCCAGUGCAUGCGUUGGAGGAGGAGUUUGAGCAGCACUGGAGACUUCGAUUUGACGCUCGAGCCAUGGGAGAAUCAGGCACCGCGGCUUUCCUGCGACGCUUCCCAAGUGUCUUCAAGGUGCGGAGCAAUGGCAUCGCGGUGCUGGUCACUCCUUUGGAUGAUCCAAACUUCGACGAUGCCGCGGCGGCCGGGCUGGAACAGACAGUCACGGAAAAGCCCUUCAAGGUGCCAGAUGGUUUUGCGAUCAGCCUGGGCGAACAGGUCAUUGCGGCUCUGGUGAACCUGGCAGCUGAGGACAAGAAGCCGGGCAGCGUCCCCCUGAACUGCCAGUACGCCAGCUUCGAGGUGGCGCAAGAGCUCUUGGCGAAGCUAAAGGACGGUGGAAGCCAAGAGGAGGAGAAGGACCUUGUGAACCAGUUGCUGGACCCCAAGCCCCGGCAGCCAAAGGAAGAGCCCUUGCCACCCGAAGACUUCGGGAUGGUGCCUGCGCCGGUUCCACCCCGGAACUUCGGCAGCCCGGCGCCGCCGCCGAGUGGGGCCUCCAUGGGCGGCCCUCCACCCUAUGGUGGAAAGGGUGGCGGCUUUGGCAAGGGCGGCAGCAGGAUUUGCCGGCAGUUCCAGUUUGGACGCUGCAGCUGGGGUGAGAAUUGCAGGUUCGUGCAUGAGCGGCAAUAA